UUCAAAGGGGCGCAUGUCCUGCAAAUCACCCAGAAUAAUAAGAAAAGAGUCACCUACACCAUGGGACGGGACAGCUCUACCAGCAUAAAAGAACUCAUGACUGCAAUAAAGAUGAAGGCCCUGGGGGCGCCCCGGCUUAGGAGGCCACGGGCCCCCUUCCUAGAGGUGACUACCCGCGGUCUGAUUGUCGUCUGCACUGCCUUGGCCGUGGUCCUAUCCUCCAUUGCUGUGUGCGACGGCCACUGGUUGCUGGCGGACGGGCGAAUGUUUGGCCUGUGGCACUUCUGCAUCAUGGGGGAAGGUGAGCAGGAGGUAGGGGCCCUGGUGGCCGAGCUGGGAGUCCCACCAAACUGCACCACCCUCCUGGGCCUGGCUGGGGUGGACGGGCUGGAGGCAGGAAUGAGCGUGUGCCGAUCGGUUGUCUCCCUGGCAGUCGUGGGUGCUAUCUUCGGUCUGGAGCUGCUGGUGAUGUCACAGGUGGGUGGGGACCAGGACUCAGACCGCCGCUGGGCCUUGGGCUCGGCGCUGGUGCUUGUGGCCUCUGCCCUGUCAGCAGGAGGGGUGCUGGUCUUCAUGGUCCUCCUGCGCUCCCACGCCUGGCCCAUGGGCUUCACCCUCACCUUCUGGUGCCAGUUCACCGCCGUCUUCCUCUUCUUCCUCAACGGCAUGGCUGCCCGCCACAUCCACCACAUGGUGCUGCCACCUAGUGGUAGCCCAGGGAAGUGCUAG